GCGCGGGCGAUAUGCAACGUUGAGCGCAGUUUUAGCGGCCCAGCGCGUGCGCAAGUGCAGCUGAAAUCCGCGGCGGGCAGCAGCACAACCCGCAGUUACAUAACGUAGGGCGAGCAGAGCAGUCGUCACUAGUUCAUGACUCCUGCACAGUGAUGUCUUGACUCGUUCAUAUAAUUUACACAAAUUAUAUUGUCCGUCUGUCCGUCCAAACGUGAAGUGUGUGUGCUAUAUUAUAACUUAUCUACAAAAUGAAUAUCGGAGUACUGUGGUGCGUGCUGGUGGCGGCGGGGACCUGCUCCGCCAAGUGGCACUGGCCGGAGAGCGAGGCGGCCGCCUCCGUGCGCAUCGACACCAAGGUGCGCUUCAUCGACUCCGAGCCACAGGAAAAAGAGAGUGAGAAGAUAGUUCGCAACGCGCUGUUCGACGAGGAGCCGUUCCGGCCGCCGGUGGAGACGGACGGGUUCUACAACCGGCCGCCCGGCGCCGGCCGCUUCCCGGUGCGCGUGGAGGCGCACCGCGCGCCCUACCGCGUCGACGACAACGGCAUCUACAGCGUCAGCAUGCAGCACAAGAACAUGUUGUCGGACGGCACGCUCGACUCGCUGCAGUACUGCAGGUGUGUCAACAACCCGGACUGCACUCCGCGAGGCGACUCCAGGAGUGCUUGCGGAGUCGGGAAGUACCUGUGCUGCUACCCACAAAACAAAAAUAAGAACCAACAUAAAAACCAGUACUUCAACGAGGUAGAGGACGACCGGCCGAUGCUGCUGCCGGGACAAGAGAACUUGGCGCGCCCCUUCCCGCCCCCACCAGCCUCCGCACUCAACGGUCUGUUCGGCUCGUUCGGACCUGGACACGGCCACGACUCCUCACACAUCGGAGUCUUCGAGAAACCACUCGGUGUGCUUGUAGGUCCAGACGGGCCCACGGGAAUGGUGGGGCCACAAAACAAACACAAACAGCCUGGUGUUCUCAUUGGACCUAAUGGACCAACCGGUAUAGUGGGCCCUGUGUCGGAUGGAACACGAAGCGAGACAGCACAAAGCGGCGUCUUAGUUGGGCCCGUUGGACCCUCGGGAAUCAUGGGUUCGUAUGGCCGCCGACCAGUGCUGGUAGGACCCGGUGGACCCACAGGAAUUAUCGGGCCCUCCAGAGGCCGCAGUCCAGGUAUUCUAGUAGGGCCAGGUGGGCCUACUGGUAUCAUCGGCCCUGCUUAUGGCAGACAACCAGGGAUUCUAACGGGGCCCGGUGGCCCCACCGGCUCUAUCGGGCCAGGCCGACAAAUAUUGGUCGGUCCCAGUGGCCCCAGUGGUCACAUUGGACCCCAGGGAUUCUUCGGUAAAUAAUCGUGCCAUGUGUCGUGUGGUGACUAAUAGAUGUAUAGAACUAACAAGUUAUAAUGCCGUCGUCGAUAUACAAGACUGUGGCGUGUAAUGUGCCCCACAGCCAGUGUAAGUACAUGUAAAUAAUUAGAGUAAAUAAUAUUGAGUGUGGUCUUGUGGUAACCGCGACCAACCCGAGCUGUCCGCGUGGCGCCAGCAGCUCGCAGGCCGGCGGUACUCAGUGGCGAGCUGUUGCAGGCUGCCCGCGCUCCAAGCGGCGGCACGAGGCGACGCGGCCGCCCGCCCCCACCGACACACAGCCCACGACCCAGCAUUCGAGACACAACCGAGAUGGCAAGAACACAUCAUGUUACUGUGACAAAUAAACUACACUAGGAAACUA